CCACUGCCUUUACGCCAUUGGUUCCCAGUUAUAUUCAGAAUUCAAUUGAAAAUUCUUUUCGCCACAUUUAAGGCAAUUCCUAAUCUUGUCUUCCUCAUCUGUCCGACUUUGUCUGCUCCGCAACUCUGGAACUCUUUUCCAUUUCAAACAUUGACUCUUCAAAACUCAAAGUUGCAAUUCUGCUGCCAUGUUUAUUGUAGAAUUUGUUUUCAAAAAUUGAUGAUGAUGAUUUCCUUCUUUGUUUUGCGAGAGAGAGAGAGAGAGAGAGAGAGAGAUCCUCUUGAGAGUUGCAGAGCAAGUCCGCCGCGGAGGGGGGAAGGGGCGAGGAACGCGCAGUCCCUGCACGGUUGCUCGUGAGGAUGAGCCUUUACCCUCGAGUAGUCGAAGUGAGGCCACAUCGUGGACUCGAGGCAGAAAGUAAAGCAAGUUCCUCGUGCCAGGAGCGCUCCUGUGACGGGAUGUGAGCGAGAAUGGCUUCUCGUCUCCCGCGGCUCCGCGAGGGAUGGCAUCUUUUCACACUCAUCAGCAGCAUCUGCGGAGGCUCUUCCACCGGCUCGGCAUCGCGUCCUCUCUGAGCAUCGUCUGCUUCUCCCUGCUCUACCUCCUCGCCGGGUGCUGCCAGUCCGGCCUCGCGGACAACCCCGGCGGCGAGCCGCCCGCGCUCGGGCUCCUCACCUCCGAGGGGAACGCUUCCCGAGGGGCGGCCGAGGCGAGCGGCUCCGGGAAGGAAUGGACGGCCACCCGGAGGCUCCCCCGAGCCCUGAUCAUCGGCGUGAAGAAGGGAGGGACGAGAGCGCUGCUGGAGUUUCUGCGGCUCCAUCCGGACAUCCGAGCUCUCGGUUCCGAACCGCACUUCUUUGACCGGCAUUACGCACGAGGACUGGACUGGUACAGGAGUAUGAUGCCCAAAGCACUGGACGGCCAGAUCGUAAUGGAGAAGACGCCUCGCUACUUUGUUACCGUGGAAACACCAGCACGAGUCCGCGCGAUGUCACAAGACGUGAAGCUGAUCGUCGUCGUGCGGGACCCGGUGACUCGAGCUAUAUCCGACUACACGCAGAUCAUCUCCAAGACCCCCGACAUUCCUCCUUUUGAAAUCCUUGCCUUCAAAAACCGUACCACAGGUCAGAUUGACGCUCAGUGGAGCCCUCUAUGGAUCGGCCUAUACGCCCAGCACUUGGAGCGAUGGCUGGCCUGGUUCCCCCGGAGUCAGGUCCAUCUGGUCAGCGGCGAAGGGCUCAUCUCUGAUCCAGCUGGGGAAGUUGGGAAAGUCCAGGACUUUUUGGGCCUCCAGAGGAUCGUCACAGACAAACACUUCUACUUCAACAAAACAAAAGGCUUCCCCUGCCUGAAGAAGCCAGAGGGGAGCAGUAAACCCCACUGCCUGGGGAAGACCAAAGGGAGGACGCAUGCCUCAAUCGACCCAGCGGUGAUGCAGAAACUGAGGGAUUUUUACAAGCCCCAUAACCAGCGUUUUUAUCGGAUGGCAGGACAGGACUUCGGAUGGCAGUGAGAAUGUCAAAUAGUAUUUUGUUAGCAGAGAAAUAUGAAUGAAUUCCGACACAAAGGAAAAACUCUUUUCUUCAACUCUUUAAUAUACACCAAUGCCCAUUUUUGACGACUCGGUACUUACUCGCCGCUUCACGCUAUUCCCACUUUGCUAUUGACGAAACCAGGUAAUAGUAGGUACUAUAUGUAGCGCCUGGUCAGCAGUGGUUCCAAGCAUAGCUGGCAUCCAUGACACUCGGCGACAAAUGACAAAAAUGAGCAUACGCUUACGUUAGCCUAACCCGUUGCCGCUCAUUCUUCCAUCGAGUACAAUUUGUCUGCUUUGACGACAGCCACACGCCGAGAAGUAAACACCGUACGGGAGACCCGCAUUCUCCUUCAGUGACGGUUUCUGGUCGAGGUGGGGUUUUACAGUUCCCUGCAGAGGUCAUUUUCUUCAGUUUGAAAACUCAAAGCCCUAAACGGAGGUCGAGUCGAGCCAAGUGGGAAAGUGGCACGUGGACAAAAACAUUGGGACCCCCGGUAGAACACUGCCGUGCAAAGGUUUGUCGCUGCUCGGGGUACACAAUGCUCGCGAUUAGCCUGGCCAUAAACCGAUCGUCAACCGGGGGGCGGAGCGUUUUCACGAUAGAAAUACAGUCCCCACUCACUGCCCCCUUGGCCCACCCCUUUUCACACCACUGCUGUUGCGCGUCAGUCUUAAUUGGACGCUCACGAUUGUCAGCGGAGAUAUCGUUAUGUUCCGUACAAACACGCAUGCCGAUUGCAGUCUCUCUCUCUUUAGCUCACUCUCUCUAAAACAAAAACAAAAAAAUCAGCUUCCUGAAUGUGAGCCUGGUUUGAGAAUGAAGAAUUCUCAUGUGAGCAGUGAUAGAUUCGCCGAUUUCCAGGCAUUUCCCAAGAUUGUUGCCAAUUUUUCCGUUGCAGAGGGAUUGAAGGCAAAAAACACACCAACCCAGUUUGUUUCGUUAAACAUCCAAGUGAAGUCAGUCAUGCUAAAGUACACGAUGCAGCCAAUUGCUCGAGGAUGUCGCGCCACCUAAUAACCAGACUCCCGCACAUCACUAUCGUUCCCUUUUACCCGUUAGUUCUUCAAUAUCACCAGGUCAAUCAAUUCAUACCUACCGCGCGAUAUCAUCCGAGGAUUGUCGCCGUAAAAAGGAAUACAGCUUUUAUACGGCUAACGACGGAGAGGGAUGAGCGAGAGGUUUGACGUUUGACUGAGUGGUUUUGUAUUCUUGAAUAAUGGAUGUGGCUAAAUGGAUGGCAGGCGGCCCAAGUGACGCGCGUCACUCUAGGCCUCCGGCACACGCGCGCGGCUCGGCUCGACACGUUUUGCGGAGGGAGAAGCCCGAACGCUCUCGUGGGUGAUAAACCCACACGAGACGACUUCAGGUUGUCCUUUGGCCGUCGGAAGAUGUCAGGCUUUGUCAUGCCGACUUACAGGGUUUUAUUUUGCAUGUGUUUGCACUCGUUUGAAAGCAAAAAUAAAACAAUUUUCACGCAAACAAAAGAAGCUGCAAUCUGUUAACUUAUGAUUUUUGUAUGAUCUGUUACUUGCAAGUCUCUCUGAGCCUGCAGCUUUUGAUUGCUUUGUAAAUGUAACCCCAUUAAUAUCAUAUGGUAUCAAUUUGUUUUCAGGUGUCUGCUUUUCUGGGAGUCCCUGUACCAAUGUGAAUAACAUAAUUGCAGUGCUAAAAUAGGUUGCACUGUAUGUUAAUUCAUUUAAAAAAUAAAAUCAAAUUCAUGUUCAUGCAGCUUUUGUGGCGGAGAAGUAGUUCCGUCAUUUUCAAUAUACGUUCCGACUUGCGUGCAAAUAGCCUGCGUAGGAACUUCCUUCCGUCGUAAAUCGAGGACAGCUGGAACAGGUGAGAAGGAAACACGACAAAAGCUAUGACAGCACUGCCCUCUUGUGGCCAAUAUGUGAACAAAUUCAACUUUAUACUGCAAAUAUGUUAUCCACAAAUUGUUGAACCAAAGGACAUGUACACAAAAAGUGCCACAAACAUUGUACAUUUAGACAAAACAUGCUUUAGUGCUCAGUCCUUUAAAAUAGAAUUUAGAAUCAAACCAAGAUAUACAACAAAGUUAUAUUUCCAUAUUUAGACACACGCAGCCGCACAUGUUCUUUCAAAUGCACUUAAAAUGACUGGGUUGUGGUUCACACUUUCUAUAUUUAUACAGUAACGCGUUAUGUCAGGCUGACGCAGAAUGUAACCCUUCACUGAUGAUUUUUUGGCAGUUUGCACAGCUGCUGCAUGUCUUCUUGCAAUUGGUAUCCGAGGAGAAGAAACGAACAAGAACCUUUGACGGAAAGCGUCCUGCUGCGACACGGCCUGCAAAGACAUCCGCCGCCAUAGUCGGCAUUUUUGAAAAAUAUACAUUUGCACUCUUAUAACUAAAGUAUUUACUAACUGUAUAUUCUGAUAAGACUCGAGCUCUGUCACUACAAGACCUCACCUUGAGCCACUCACAGCAGUUCUGCACUACUCGUAUCCAAUAAAAACCAAAACCUUCAACCACCUUUUUUUGCGCAUCCUCAUCGACGCUGUAUGUCACGGGCUGCAACUCUUCAAUAUCAUGAAGAAAAAACUGCAACGCACAUGCAUCAUCCUGAAAGUAUCCUCGGCAGAGGACAGGCGAUGAACGGCGCGCCGGCGCCGAAGUUGAGCAAUACGUGGAAGCCGUGCGUUUUGGAGCUGCGGAACUCCAGGCCCGGGGGCCAGGUCCGGCCCGCUGCAUCAUUUUAAGUGGCCUGCGAAAGCAAAUCAUGCGCGGCAGCUUCCGUGAUUCUCGCACAGCUCUGUGCCGAAAUGUUAAAUUGUCACAUGUAAUAAAUAAUACCACUAGAGAUAU